GUAGGUUGAGGGUGUUUUUUUUAUUAGGCGACGAUGUAGUGAUCAAAGCUAGCCACAAAAAGGUGCAGCCAUGGCUAAUAGACAUGCCAGACUACCGAUAUGAUUCCUUUAAAAAGAAAAUAAGUGUUACAGUUUAAUAGUUAACGACGUCGCGGACGAAACGCUGGCUAGAGCAAAGACAAGAUACUGUCUGUGCUGCUGGAUGCUUUGAGAUAAGCUGAGUAGUAUGCUGGACGUGGGGAAGUGGCCAGUGUUUGCACUCCUUCCUCCUGAGGAGCUACGGCUUAUCCGGCAGGCUUGUGUCUUUGGCAGUGCUGCAAAUGAAGCUCUCUAUGUCACAGUUAAUGAUGAGGUCUUUGCUUUAGGCACCAACUGCAGUGGCUGUUUGGGGCUUGGAGACCUUCAAAGCACUAUUGAGCCACGCAGGAUUGAUGUCUUAUGUGGAAAGAAGAUUGUGUCCUUAAGCUAUGGAACAGGACCUCAUGUUGUUAUCGCUACUGCAGAUGGUGAGGUUUUUGCCUGGGGCCACAAUGGCUACAGCCAACUGGGAAAUGGGACCACCAACCAUGGAUUGACCCCCGCCCUGGUGUCCACUAACCUCCUCAGUAAGAGAGUGACAGAAGUGGCCUGUGGCUCCCAUCACACCAUUGCCCUCACAGUUGAAGGAGAGGUUUACGCAUGGGGUUACAACAACUCUGGCCAAGUAGGUUCAGGGUCUACUGCCAAUCAGCCAACACCACGUCGGGUCAGCAGCUGUCUGCAGAACAAAGUGGUGGUUAACAUAGCCUGCGGUCAGCUCUGCUCUAUGGCUGUUCUGGACAACGGAGAGAUUUAUGGUUGGGGCUACAAUUGCAAUGGACAGCUAGGAUUGGGCAACAAUGGAAACCAACAGACCCCUUGCAGGAUUGCUGCACUCCAAGGUGUCAACAUAAUCCAGGUAGCUUGUGGAUAUGCACACACAUUGGCGCUUACAGAUGAGGGAUUUGUUUAUGCCUGGGGAGCCAACUCGUAUGGACAGUUGGGAACGGGCAAUAAAAGUAACCAAGCUCUCCCUACCCAAAUAAACACAGACAAAGAGAGGAUGGUGGAGGUGGCUGCAUGUCACACCAGCCACACGUCAGCUGCCAAGACGCAGAGCGGACAGAUUCUGAUGUGGGGUCAGUGUCGGGGUCAGGCUGUGUCCAGCCCUCACCUCACCCAUUUCAGCAGCACCGAUGACGUGUUUGCCUGCUUCGCCACACCAGCUGUCACGUGGCAUCUCCUCUCCGUGGAUGGUGACGACUACCUAACAGUUGCUCAGUCUCUGAAGAAAGAGUUUGACAGUCCAGAGAUCUCUGACCUGAAGUUUUUGGUUGAUGGGAAGUGCAUCCACGUCCACAAAGCCCUGCUGAAGAUCAGGUGUGAGCAUUUCCGUGCAUUGCUGAAUGAAACGGAUGAAGAUGCCAUAGAAAUCCACCAGUUCUCAUACCUGGUGUACAGAGCUUUCCUAGAGUAUCUCUACACAGACAGUAUUAACUUGCCACCAGAGGAUGCUAUUGGGCUGUUAGACCUGGCCACAUUCUACCGAGAGACGAGGCUAAAGAGAUUGUGUCAGGAAACGAUCAAGAGGGGCAUUUCUGAAGAAAAUGCCAUCACUCUGCUCUCUGCUGCUGUCAAGUACGAGGCAAGGGACCUGGAGGACUUCUGCUUCAAGUUUUGUGUCAACCACCUAACAGCUGUCACGCAGACCCAGGCCUUUGCAGACAUGGAUCAUGACCUGCUCAAGAACUUCAUUAGUAAAGCCAGUCGCUACGGGGCCUUCAAAAACUGACUCAAGUGCCCCUGUAGUGACUGAUUCAAGACCAUGUGGUUUAAUCCCGCAGAGGAGGACCAACCAAAGUAAACACUCGCCAGUCAGUUCUUUAAAGACUUGUCGGGGGGGGUGUAAAUACUGAAGAUACAAAUGGUUUACAGUUUCACCUGCUAACUGAUGCACCUGUGUUACCCCUUUAAACCUUGUGCAAAUACAGGGGAGUGAGUUUGAGAUAUUGGGUUACAAGCUUGAUCCAGUCACAAACACUGCAGAGGCUGAACAGGAAGAUGUGCCACAGUAGUUGUCAGUCUGUUGUUUUUCUAUUAGCUAGCUUAGCUGAGUCUGAGUCAGCCUACUUUGAUGAGUCAACAGGAUACCAGAAACCGCUUUACACUCACCUAAAUACUUCAAAACAGAAGGUGUUAGCAGCUUCUAUGACUCUUCCACAGAAAUUGCUAAGAGUUCAUUACGUCUGAUUGGAAGAGAUUGGAAGUGAUCAACAAGUCUGUUGUAAAAUAAAUAUUUACUUAGUGCUGUUUUUGUUUAUUUGGUAGCUGGUAGCCUGUUACAGAUUUCUGUUUAUACUUUUUCUGAUCUGCACAAAUAUCAGGAGGCUUUGUUAAACACUAACAGAAAAAGAAAUGUCAUCACAUGGUUCGUGUGUUAGAGUGGCCAAUGCUCUUAUUGUUUACAACCCUAUAAGUUUAUGUAGCACAUUGCAGCCUAGCACACAGCGAUGCAGAGUCAUCCUGCUUGACUUUAUGGUAAAUUGAUUACUAGUGUGUGAAAUUAAACACCUAAAACCACAAAAAAGUGACCCCAUUGAUUUGUUUCUCUGGCAUAACUUCCGUAUUUGGAUGCCUUGAUUGUCCAGAUUUCUAGACUAAAGAGUUUUUAAUGAGGUGAAACAUCUAACUAGCUUUUUGUCCAUUAAAUUGCAAGAAGUACAUAUAUAAAUAUGACAACUUUGAUGAUGAACUGUGAGUUUGUUUCUUAUUAAUCGGCAUAUCUGGCAGUCUCACAUUUAAGUCAUGUUAAUGUCACUUUGUUGUUGUUACUCAUCAGCUGUUGAAUAUGCAAACCAAACCUGUGGUUACUCUGGUAUUUGUGUUGAUGAACAUUUGAAUUGAUUGGAAGAGGUGCGGCUGAUUUCACCCAUUUUUUUUUUUACAUUUUCGAGACACAAGAAUGUACUUUUAGAUGUGUUCAGAUUAAGACUGUCUCAACUCUCCACGUUUCCUGUCAGUAAGGAUAUAACUAUAGAUGCAGUGGAUUUUCACUUCUGCUUCCUUGUAUUUUUUUUUUUUACUUUUUUGCUUUUUGUUGUAAACUUGGCAGCAAAUGUUUUUUAAUAAGAAUUUCUUUGGCUCCCCUGAAAGCACGUUGUGGUAAUGUAAUAGUGCUGGCUUAGUUUACAUGCCUACACACUGCAUUUAUUCCUCAAAUAAAAUCACAAAGUAUUUAGAUCUUGACCCACUAAAUCAGUCCAAAUGUAACACAAAGCUUCAUUAUUACUUUAACAAGCCAAUUAAUACAUUUUGAUAGUCACUAAAAAAAAUGAGUGUGUUGUUAUUUUGUAUGGAAAAAAAGGUGUGAGCUGCUCCCUGGCACAGAUUGUAACAUUUGACAACAUUAUGUAAAUGUAUUUGUUCCAUCAGGGGGCACUAUGUUCUACAUUUUCACACCACCUUCUCAUUUACUGGGGUUUUGCCAGAAUAGUAAGAUAACAGUUCACCUCUUCAUGUGCUGAGUGAAAAUCAGACAUCUGAAACAAGCAGUGACAGGUUUAAAAAUUGCCGGAUUUAAUGUGGUGUUGUGCAAUCUAUUCAGGAAGUGGUAGAAAUAACUGCUACUGUACAUUCGUGUGAAGCAAUCUGGCUCAGAUGUGCAUUGCUGAGAUGUUGCAUGCAGUUUCGUUUCUUUCCCCAAGAGCGACCAUUUUAACACAUGCCUGUGUGUCCCGAGGUGCACAUGUAGCAUCUUAUAUUCCAGUCAGACUUCAGAUUUCUGAAUGUAUCAAAUUAAAAUGUUGUUUGCCGAGACUGUU